AUGAUGAGAAUCCUCUAUCGUGUUCGCCGCAAGAGGUCGCACUUCGACAGGCCCAGGAAGAUCGUUUGCCCACCCUCCUCUCCGAAGACUCUCCUAUAUUCGACCCUAGUAAAAGGGCCGGGGGUCGGGUUCCAUUAUCAGUCUGCAAGGGGCUCACGUUUGUCGAGACACCGACCGAGACUAGUGAGGAGUCCGCCGAUGAGGGCGUCUUGGAGCCUUCGGGG